UACAUAGUUAAGUUCAGCUGGAACCUCCGAGGAAUUCACGUCGGCGCGUCUGGCUCUUCCCCACCCUCUUAACCAGAGCACUCACCGCGUCUUUUUCGCGAUUCAGGCUCACUGUUGUCCCGCGAGUCUGGGGCGCUUCAUUGGGCGUCGCAUCGGGUAUGCUGAGCUUUCUUCAGCCUUGCUCGGUUUUCAUUGAUUCCAUCAAUUGACGUGCAGCAUUUAUUCUCCUGCGACCUUCUCCCCAGAAAAUCCGAUCAAGAAAGUUUCCACCGCCGUUAACGUUACCGACCACGCACAAGUCCGACCAGACGGUUGUUGAGUGCCGCCAAUUUACUCUCUUUACAUCUCACUGGGUCUGGUCGGUACCGGUCUUUCUUUACUCGUGCCCACCCGGUGAUUCAGGCGAGACGACAACAUGGCGGCCGACCAUCCAAAGACGGGGAUAUACAGCGCUACAUACAGCGGGAUUCCCGUUUACGAGUUCCAAUUCGGCCCCGACCUCAAGGAGCAUGUGAUGCGGCGGCGAGAGGACAAUUGGAUAAACGCAACCCAUAUUCUCAAGGCAGCGGGCUUUGACAAGCCCGCCAGGACGCGCAUUCUUGAGCGUGAUGUACAAAAAGACGUCCAUGAGAAGAUUCAGGGCGGCUACGGGAAAUACCAAGGAACGUGGAUUCCGCUUGAACAUGGCGAGGCGCUCGCCCAGCGAAACAACAUCUACGACCGGUUACGGCCCAUCUUUGAGUUCCGACCCGGCAACGAGAGUCCCCCACCUGCGCCGAGGCAUGCCAGCAAGCCGAAGGCCCCGAAGCCCCGGCCUGCUGUUCCCAAAUGGGGCAGUGCUGCUGUCCACGAUGACUACGACAACACCAGCCAGAUGAACGAGGACGACACGCCCGACAACGUCACCGUUGCCUCAGCAUCGUACAUUGGCGAGGACGACCGCUACGACAUGUCGCAUUUCUCGACCGGCCAUCGGAAACGGAAGAGGGAGGAGAUGCUGCAGGACAUGACAGAGCAGCAGCAUGCCGUGUAUGGAGACGAGUUGUUGGACUACUUUUUGCUUUCUAGAAACGAGCAGCCCGCAAUCCGUCCCGACCCUCCGACCAACUUCCAGCCAGACUGGCCCAUCGACACAGAACGGCACACGGCCUUGCAUUGGGCCUCUGCCAUGGGUGACGUCGACGUGAUUAAGCAGCUGAAGAGGUUUGGCGCCAACCUGGCGUCUCAGAACAUCCGGGGCGAGACCCCAUUUAUGCGGUCUGUCAACUUCACAAAUUGUUACGAAAAGCAGACAUUUCCACUGGUGUUAAGGGAGCUCUUCAGCACCGUGGACGCGCGGGACGCUUCCGGGUGCACUGUCAUUCACCAUGCGGCAGUGAUGAAGAGCGGCCGCGUGACAAGCCAUUCUUGCUCGCGAUACUAUUUGGACAAUAUUCUCAACAAGCUGCAGGAGACGCGGUCAGCAGACGAGAUGCAACAACUGCUCGAUGCUCAGGACAACGACGGCAAUACUGCAGUUCACUUGGCUGCGAUGCGGGAUGCUCGCAAGUGCAUCCGCGCCCUCCUCGGUCGCGGGGCGUCCACUGACAUCCCCAACAACCAGGGCGUGAGGGCUGAGGAUUUGAUCAAGGAGCUCAAUGCCUCCAGGCCCAAGGCCGCCCGGGGACCACCACAACGCUCCUCCAGUCCCUUUGCGCCCGAGUCACAGCGGCACAACCCCUUCCGAGAUGCGCUGGCUGAGACGGACAGCAAGCCCAAGGCAAGCUUUCGCAGCGAGGCGGCCAACACGGUCCAGUCUCGCAUCACCCCUCUCGUUCUGCAAAAGUUCCAGGACCUCGCACAGAGCUACGAAAAUGAGCUUGACGAAAAGGAAGAGGCCGAGAAGGAAGCGCGGCGCAUCCUGCUCAACACGCAAGCCGAGCUGGCCAAUCUGCGCACAUCCAUCGCAGAUCUCGAGUCCCGCCUCGAAGCGGACGAAGCAGCGGCCAAGACAGAAGCCGAAGCCGCGAACACGGCCGAGAAAGUCCUCGCCUACCUCACCCACCAGAACCGCAUCGCCGUGCAGGACGCCGUCACCAAGGAGCUCGCCGCCGUCAACGGCGACGCUACCAAAGACGCCAGCACACCCCACGGCCAGCCCUCUGAGAACUUAUCCUCCUCUAACCCAGACGACCCACCAAACAAUAAUAAUACCAUCAUCGCCACAAAAGACCGCGACCAGCCAAGGAUCGAAACAUCAUCCCCCGAAGAGCGCCUCCGCCUGGCAACUGAACUCCGGGCGCUCCUCCAGGCGCAGCGCCGCGCAGAGAGGGAGUACGUCGAGGCCCGCGGCUUGACGGGCACGGGCGACAAGAUCGAAAAGUACCUGCGCCUGCUCAAGGCCUGCCUGCCGCCCGAGGACCAGGACAUGCUGGACGAGAACCUCGAGGAUAUGAUUAAGAUGAUGGAGGACGAGGCCGAGUCGUUGGCGGGUGUGCCUGGGGCGGCAGGGCUGGGGGAUGGUGGUGCUGGCGAGGUUGGGUUACGCUUGUCGAUGCCGGUGGAGGUUGGUGUGGCGCCUUUGUGAGAAGGGCGGUGUGUGUGUGUGUGUGUGUGUGCGUGUGUCUGUGUGUGUGUGCAUGUAUCCUGGGUUAUUCCUUUUCGUUUGGGUGCCGGUGUUGGUUUGUUACUUGGUCCAGAAAGGGAGUUGGAUCUGGUGACAGUCUCGGUGAUGCUUGUCCCCUUGGAUGGGUUUUUUUCCGAAUGGAGGCAUUUGAGAAUUGCUCCCGCAGUCAGGAGGAGAUAAAAUGGGGGUGGCUCAGUUGUUGCAAGGCC